AAAUCAUGCAUUGUCAUUGAAACUAAACUGUUCCCUAGAUUUAUCGUCAGUUUCAAUCCUGAAGCAUUUAAGACUAGUAAUCCACGUUCAUAUCUUAUCUACCCAUAAACAUAUAAAAUGGUGAUUAAAGCGGUUUGUGUUCUAGCAGGAGAAAAAGUCAAGGGCACUAUUCAUUUUGAACAAAGUGGUAAUGGUGAACCAGUGAAAGUAUUUGGAGAAGUUUCAGGGCUUGAUAAAGGACUACAUGGAUUUCAUGUUCAUGAAUUUGGAGAUAAUACAAAUGGUUGCACAAGUGCUGGGCCUCAUUUUAACCCAGACAAUAAGGACCAUGGGGCCCCAGAGGAUGCAGUGCGUCAUGUAGGAGAUCUUGGCAAUAUUACUGCUGAUGAUAAGGGUAAUGCCAAAGUCAACAUCACUGAUGGUAUAAUUUCACUAUCUGGACCCUUGAGUGUACUUGGAAGAACUGUUGUGGUCCAUGCUGAUCCUGAUGAUUUGGGUAAAGGUGGCCAUGAGUUGAGCAAGGUAACUGGAAAUGCAGGAGGACGUCUUGCCUGCGGAGUUAUUGGUAUUGCCAAGGCUUAAACCCAUAAUCACAACUGUGUUUAUGAUAUUACACUGUAUUACUCAUAUAUAAUUAGUCCUCAAAGGAAUCAUCAAACAUCCCCUAAAAAGCAAUAAAAAUUAGCAUUGUUAAAUAUUUUGUUUUCUUAUUCUUAUAUUAAAUGUAAUUUUAUUUAAUUAUAAAUGAGUUGGUAACAUUUA